UGUCCUCGUCGUCGAGAACAAGCACCAAAUUUCAGACCAUGUCGGCUCCUACUCCCUCCGCAGAUGGCAUAGGUAUUGCAAACCUCCCUAACCAGAGGCACAAAAUCGUUGCCAAGCGUGGUGCACACUUCACCAUGAUGGUCGUCGGUGAAUCUGGUCUCGGUAAAACGACCCUCAUCAACACGCUGUUCUCGACCGAGUUGUCCCCGAACAAGAACUACUCCAAGCGUCAUUACAAGCAACUCGACAAGCUCACCGAGGUCGAAAUAAUCAAGGCUGAGCUUGAGGAGAAACAGUUCAAGGUCAAGCUCACUGUCAUUGACACCCCAGGAUUCGGUGACUAUGUCAACAACCGCGACUCCUGGUCUCCCAUCGUUGAUUUCAUCGACGACCAGCAUGAAGCGUAUAUGCGUCAGGAGCAACAACCUCAGCGUGAAGAAAAGACAGAUCUGAGAGUACACGCUUGUUUGUACUUUAUCAGGCCAACAGGACAUACGCUAAAGCCUCUGGAUAUCGAAAUCAUGAAGCGUCUCGGAACUCGUGUGAACCUCAUCCCUGUCGUCGCCAAGGCCGACACUCUAACCCAAAACGAUGUUAUCGUUUUCAAACAACGCGUUCGCGAGGUCAUCGCCGCUCAGGGCAUCCGCAUCUACCAACCUCCAGUCGAGAGCGACGACGACAGUGCCGCGGAGCAUGCCCGUAUGCUCACCGGCGCCAUCCCCUUCUCCAUCAUCGGCUCCACCGAAGACGUCCAGACAGCUGACGGGCGCGUCGUCAAGGGUCGUGAAUACCUGUGGGGUGUAGCAGAAGUCGAGGAUGAAACUCACUGUGAUUUCAGGAAACUGAGAAGUCUGCUUAUCCGUACGCACAUGCUUGACCUGAUCUCAACGACGGAGGAGCUGCACUAUGAGAACUACAGGCAGCAGCAGAUGGAGACGAGGAAGUUCGGUGAGCCGAAGGUGAAGAAGGUCGACAACCCCAAGUUCAAGGAGGAGGAAGAGCAGCUCAGGAGACGCUUCACCGAGCAGGUCAAGGCAGAGGAGGCGAGGUUCAGACAGUGGGAGCAACAUCUUAUCGCAGAGCGAGAUCGGCUCAACAAGGAUUUGGAGAUGGCUCACAGUGCGAUCAAGCAACUCGAGGCCGAGCUCGACAACUUGCAGGCUGGAUACAAUCGUGGCAGCGCAAGGCGAUGAUAGCUGGCUUGCAUUCAUUUUUUACGGUUACGAUUUUGUGUUUACUUUCUGCACAAGAUCAUGUUUUCUUAUACCCUAAAACAUCUGCUUUGUUGCCUGAUACACCGUUUAGUAGUUAAUCGCAUCCUCGAUGGGAUCGAUCGCUGCGAUGUUCCUUUCACUCUGCGUAUUGAUUUGACAGUGGAAUUGAUAAUAAUAUGUUGUUCACUUGCUUGGAUUA